GAACUUUAGUAUUGAUCCUCCUAGGUGUCUUACUGGACAUGAUGAUCAAAGCGCGCGAUGACCCAUGGCCGAAUGUGGCGAAGCACAUCGAGACGAUGCUGGCGGAGCUGACAGAGCAGCUGCAGCGCCUGAAUGAUAUGGGAAAUCCGACAAUUAUUGCGGAAAAUGAAGUAUUAGACGCCAUUGCUAACUGCAAAGAAGUUGUCGAGGACAUGCGCUUUGCGUACGAUAGCGCAGUGGAGCACCCGGAGUCCUUUUCCAUCCCCGUCGACGAAUUAGAGCGCCGCGCUAUGUGUCUUUGUAAUUGGGAGCAAAAUAUCGAGAAGAUGCAGCGAGCCGGUGGUAGCAUCCGCUCCGGUCAUCGCGCCCGAUUGCAAAAUAAUGGCACGGUGUUGAAAAAUUCGAAGAGCGAAGCCAACGAUUUCAUGGUCCAAGAGUUCAAAACCCAACGCCACAUUAUGCAAAGCGACGAGCAAACCUUGGAACGCCUUUCGGGUGGCAUUCAGCGUGUGAAGGAGACGGCGGUGAACAUCAACGAGGAGAUGGUAACUCAGGAGCACGUCCUAAAUGAUAUAGAUCGCGGAAUGUUUCGUGUGCAGACGCGACUUGGUAACACUGCCAAGAGAGUCAGUCAACUGAUUGAAAAAACGAGUGAUCGAGGGAAGAUGAUAUGCAUUACAGUGCUCUUUCUUAUUUUGAUCGUGCUCAUUUUCUUCAUUCUAAAAUAGGUUGGGGGAAUCAUUGUGGAGAAACCCCUUUUUGGCAAGGCCUUUUUCGGAGAAGGAAACUGCUUUAAUUACAUUUCAUAUUCCUUUUCCGUGUACGAUAUUCAUUUUUUACCUUCUUCGCUUAACUAUUCAGUCCCGUGCUUCUUUUACCUGGGACUAGGGUCCACCAACUUUCCUUGU